AUAUUAAUUCUUCUUCGCACAUUUUUUGAACACUUUUGUACCCAGCCACGCCCAUUUAAUUUACUGCAACAACAAAGUUUUAUUAAAUUUACCGCAGAGUUUAAGUGCGUUCGUAAAUCAAAAGACCAAUCCCAAAAUACUAAAAAUGGGCAAAAGAUCGCAGAAGAGCAGUGUGCUAAUGGUGUGUGUGGGCAACCUAUGCCGCUCCCCAAUUGCCGAGGCUGUGAUGCGUGACUUGGUCGCAAGGGCGGGACUACAGGGGGAGUGGCAUGUGGAGAGCGCCGGGAUCGAGGAUUGGCAUUCCGGCCACCAACCAGAUGAGCGUGCACUGAAUGUCCUGGCCAGGCACAACAUCGAAUACAAUGGCAAGGCGAGAGUUCUAGCUCCGGAGGACUUCCUCGAAUUCGACUACAUCUUCGCCAUGGAUCUGAGCAACCUGGCCGCCCUGAGGCGCAUGGCUCCCAAAGGCACCACUGCCAAGUUGCUGAUUCUCGGGAAUUUUGGCCUGAAACCAGAUGAACGCAUCAUUGAGGAUCCCUAUUAUGACAUUGGUGAAGCAUCAUUUGAAGAAAUUUACCGGCAGUGCAGCAUAGCGUGUAGGAAUUUUCUGAAACAAGCGCGCUUAAAACAGAUAAUGUAGAUAAGUCCCCGACACCGCCUAAGGGUUAAGCCAUCCGACCAACAAGAACAGCUGAUAACACGCGUUGCCAACUAACUGUUGAGGCCAGGGCUGCAGGUUGCGGAACGCUCAAUUGCGAGCCGGAAAAAAAACAACACACAAAAUUGUUCGUAAAAUUCCCGUGUAAAUUGACUCAAAGAUGGUUCGAAAAGUGCUAAUGAUUUGUUUGGGCAACAUCUGCAGGUCCCCAAUUGCGGAGGUCGUGAUGGUGGACACCCUGGAGAAGGCGAAUGUCAAGGACGUGGAGGUCGAUAGUGCAGCAAUUGGUGGCUGGCACGUGGGCAACCGCGCAGAUCCGCGGGCCAUCAGCACGCUGCAAAAGCACGGCCUCAAGUGCACCCACAUCGUUCGGCAGAUCCGCAAGCAGGACUUCUCGGAAUUCGACUACAUCUUCGGCAUGGACGAGGACAACAUGAGCGAGCUAAGGCGUCUGGCGCCCAAGGGCUCCAAGGCGGAGCUCCUCAUGCUGGGCGAUUUCGGACUUGAGAAGAAGAACCGCAUCAUUGAGGAUCCCUACUAUGAGCGUGGAGCCGAGGGCUUUGAGACCGCCUAUCAGCAGUGCGUGGUUGCCUGUGCCGCCUUCAUGAAAGAGCGCCUCCAGAAAUGAAUGAUUUGUAAAAGUGUUGUGAUUUAGAUAAUCUAAUAAAUGUUGAUACU